AUGAGGUACUGCAGUACUCGAGGAGGGGUCCAAGGAUGGGACUUCCGGGACGUUCUGUUCUCAGGUUUUGCUCCAGAUGGAGGGAUGUUUAUGCCAGAAACUCUUCCAGUCCUCAGUCCAGACACCGUUAGGAGCUGGAGGGGCCUGCCUUACUCCAAACUUGUGGUGGAGGUCUCCUCACUCUUCAUUCCAGCUCAACUGAUCCCCAGAGACCACCUGGAGGCUCUGGUCUCUACAGCUCUGUCGGGUUUCUCGGUACCAGAAGUGGUCCGAAUAUCUCGACUCGGAGACAGCCUGUCGCUCUUGGAGCUCUUCCAUGGAUCCACUUUGGCCUUCAAGGACCUGGCUAUGACCUGCACCGUGCAUUUCACCAACUACUUCCUGCAGAAAGAGAAGUGCAGAGCCAUCGUUCUCGUUGGCUUCGAGGUCCAGAAGCACAACAUGGAAGACUUCAGUCAGAGAUUCCACUCAGACGUGGAGGACUCCAUGAAAGACCCGCUUGAGGAAGACUCUGGUCUAGGACUCCAGAAGACUGAAGACCGACUCAAGACUGAGAGACCCAGUUGA